GUCUUCUUCGUUUCCCCUCUCUUCCCCACUCUCUCUCUCUCUCUCUCUCUCUCUCUCUCUUACUUUCUCUCUCCACAGUGUGUAUGUGUUUCUUCCCCUUUUCAACGACAAAAACUCACCGGCGGUUUCGAUUUCUGUGUAAGUUAAAAGGUUGAGAAUUUCUCAUCAAUUCAGGAUGAGUCCUGGUCAGUUGCCAUCAGAUUCGAUCAAAGUAGUUCCUGGUAGGAGUAAGCUGAGGGUUGAAUCUUCAAAUCCAGUUCCCAGAGGGAAUCCAAUAUCUAGACCUUCUAAAGUUAAGUUGAUUUCACCCGUGGAAGCUAUGAAACUUUCAUCUGGAAGCAAUGUGAUGCCGGUUUCUCCUGUUAAGCGUGCUCGUGCAACUUAUCAAGUACCAAACUCUGUCCCAGUUCGUCGAACUACUCAAACACCAACAAGACCUGUCCUGGCUCGAUCAACUUCUGAAGUACCAAGACAUGUACCGGGUCGUUCACCUCCUGAAGCACCAAGACCUGUUCCGGCUCAACCAACUCCUAAAACACCAAUACAUGUCCCGUCUCGGCCAACUUCUGAAGCACCAAGACAUGUACCGGGUCGUCCACCUCCUGAAGCACCAAGACCUGUUGCGACUCAAGCAACUCCUAAAGCACCAAUACAUGUCUCGUCUCGUCCGAUUUCUGAAGCCCCAAGACCUGUCCAGGCUCGUCCAACUCCUGAAGCACCAAGACAUGUCCCGCCUCGUUCAACUCUUGAAGCACCAAGACCUGUUGCGGCUCAACCAACUCCUAAAGCACCAAUACAUGUCCCGUCUAGUCCAAUUUCUGAAGCACCAAGAGUCCAGGCUCGUUCAACUCCUGAAGCACCAAGACAUGUCCCGGCUCGUCCAACUCCUGAAGCACCAAGACGCGUCUUGGCUUUUCCUGCAGAAGGUUUCAGAAAAAAAAUCGUUUGCGGUCUUCGAGCUCUGAGUCUGACUACUCCACCAGUGAGACAGGAUACCAAUCCAAGACUCCUUCAAUCAAAGACGAUUGAGCCUCCUACUAGUCCACGUUCUUUGCAGAUUCGUUCAAGAAUCAAACAACAAGCUGCUAAUGCUACACAAGUUGUAGAAGGGACAAUUGUGGAAGUUGGUGAUAAAGCUAAAGAUUAUGGUUUCAAAGAGAUACGUCAAUCAGUCUCUAAUGAAGAACUAUCGGAGCUACUUCUAUUUCUACCAGCUCAGCACCCUACUUGGAACGGACGCAUUAUGGAUUCUGCCACACCACCUGAGUUUGACUGCGAGUUUUUGGCUAAACCGGCAUCCAAUAUCACGAGGAAGGCACUUAGACUUUCCAAGGCGAUUCCUGCAUUACUCAAGGUCGAAUUGCUUCCUACAUGCCACAUUCUUAUUGAUCUGUUUGGCAGAAUCCCAACGCUAUUGAAUGUCGAAGUGUACCUUUUCCCAGAUGAGAAGAAAACAGAGAGGUUUAAAGAAGAAUAUACUCAUCUGUUUGAGGCUAUAGCAACUCGCAAUGCCAUGAUUAAAAUUGGUAUAAACGCCACUGAGUUGUUGAUAUUUUCCUCGACGCUAUUGGACAAUACCUCCCAGUUUCUCAUCAAUACGCAGAAGAAAACAGAAUACUUCCUUUGGGGCUUUUUUCUCCAGACCAAAAACUUACUUACACUUGUUCCCGGAACUGCUUCUCAAAUUGAUAAAGAGUCUGAUGAUGGGGAUGUUAUUGACAUGGAUAUAGACACUGAAUGCCUUACCGCGAAUGUGGCUCUGAAGCUUAUUGCAGAAUCACAAAACACUCCCUCAAGAUCACCGGAGAAGUUGAGCAAACAAGCAAGUUUACCUCCUGGUUUCGAGAAGAUAUGGGCACCACCCUUGGCGAAACUUAAUAUACAAGGAACUUUAAACACUUUGACUGAUCAAACCGUGUCCUCUGGAAUAGUGCGUAACCAAUCAGGGAAGUGGUUGUUUGGGUACAUUAGGUGCCAUAAGAGCAUCUCUGAAGUGGCAGCUGGGCUACUGGCUAUAUACCAUGGCCUGAAAUUUUUGUGGGACAGCGGUUUCCGAAGAAUCCAAUUGGAGACAACAAGCUUUGAGAUCAUCAAUGCUCUAGCAACAAAAUCGUACCUGUGUCCUAAAAGAAGAACAAUCCUAAGAUCGUGCAAGGACAUGAUCUUGAGGGAAUGGGAGUGUGACAUUUACCAAAUCUCCAAAGAAGAGAACUCGUGUGCAGAAUGGCUAGCCAGCAGAUCAGAAGAACAGCCUCAAGGAUUAGUUUUCUUCGAAUACCCUCCUCGAGGCCUUGUGGAUCUUCUGGAGAAAGACCAGCUUGCAGCUAGAUAAGCUGCUUCAGCUUUUGAGGUACAGUCGUAGUGAACAGCUUAGAGGUACAUAGCUUGAUUUAGUAGUUUGACCUUUUGAGAAUACUAGAAGAAGAAGAAGAAGAGAUGUUUAGAUUGUUAAUGAGACAUCGUAGAAGUACAGUGGAGUUUCAUUGUAAACACAGCUCAAGUACACACACAAACCUUUUUGUGAAGUGAAGAAUCAAAAUAACUGUAGAGUUUUCACACUCCAGUAUCACUGUUGUUCAUUCUCUUCAGAUUUAAUUGCACAUGAACCCAAUUCACCAAACAGAAAACCCAA